AGUGAGUUCCCUUUAAAUACUUGCACCUCUGAACACCCUGCUCUUUACGUUCUCUUGCUUGAGCUCUAAAAGAAGCAGCCAUGAAAGUUGCAGUAAAAUCCUCUCUUACAUCAAUUCACGCCCCAAUUUCAGUACGCGAAGCCCAUUUCACCAAACCGAAGUUGUUGAGUUUUCAGUUUCAUCCAAGACCCAAUUCAUUUAUCUCAAGAAUGCUCAAGAAAACACCAUCAAAAUCCAAGCUUUUCUCAACCAUGUCAUCAACAGUACCAUCCUCUGUUUUAACAGAGUCCAUGGAACAACCUGAGGCAGAACUUGAAGCUGUCUCUCAAGAAGAGAAGUUUGACUGGUAUGCACAGUGGUAUCCAGUAAUGCCAGUCUGUGACUUGGACAAGAGGGUGCCACAUGCAAAGACGGUGAUGGGACUUGAUUUGGUGGUGUGGUGGGAUAGGAAUGAGAGUGAAUGGAGGGUCUUUGAUGAUUCUUGUCCUCACAGGUUGGCACCAUUGUCUGAAGGAAGGAUUGACCAAUGGGGACGGUUGCAGUGUGUUUACCAUGGUUGGUGCUUCAAUGGCUCUGGUAACUGCAAGUUCAUCCCUCAAGCACCACCAGAUGGUCCUCCGGUCCACACAUCCAAGAAAGCAUGUGUUGCAGUUUAUCCAAGCACAGUGCAUCAUGACAUUGUAUGGUUUUGGCCUAACACCGAUCCGCAAUACAGAGACAUCAUUACCAAGAAACAGCCUCCUUUCAUCCCAGAAUUGGAUGAUCCAUCAUUUACCAAGACUAUAGGAAAUAGAGAUUUUCCUUAUGGAUAUGAUGUCUUGAUUGAAAAUCUGUUGGAUCCUGCACAUCUUCCCUAUGCUCAUUAUGGACUACUAAAUGCACUAAAACCACAAGUGAAGUCUGAUAGAGAAGGAGGCGGUCCAAUUGAUUUGAGUGUCAAGAAAAUAGAUAGUAAAGGUUUCCUUGAAAAUCAAGAUCACUUCGGUGAUACGAAAUUUAUUGCACCCUAUAUCUCUUAUGCUUCUAGCAGUCCUGGUGACGCACCAGAAAAGGUAAGCAUUUAUUACUGAUUUUACUUCUCUCAGCAUCUUCUUUGACAUGCAAAUUUCUUGGAUAAGCAGGGCUCGAUGCAAAAGAGAAUGGCCUAUGUUUUUAUUUGCAUACCAGUUAGUCCAGGAAGAAGCAGAUUGAUAUGGAUCUUUCCGAGAAACUUUGGACUUUGGAUAGAUAAAGUUGUCCCACGAUGGAUUUUUCAUCUGAAAUUUAACCUGGUUUUUGAUUCAGAUCUGUAUCUUCUUCACAUGCAGGAGCGCAAGUUCAUGGAUGUUGGCCCGGCAAACUGGCAAAAGGCUUGUUUUGUGCCAACAAAGUCUGAUGCCCUUCUGGUUAGUUACAGAAGAUGGUUUAACAAGUAUUCUGGAGGUCAAGUUGAUUGGAAGGGAAAGUACUGUGGGGCUCUUCCUCCAACUUCACCAAGAGAACAGCUGUUCGACAGGUACUGGUCCCAUGUGGUAAACUGUCGCAGUUGCAAUGCUGCAUACAAGGGUCUGAAUGCACUAGAGGUGAUUCUGCAGGUUGCUUCACUUGCUUUCAUCGGGGUUGCUGCGGCAACCAGGCAGAAUGCCAAUACAAUGGUAGUAAUGGCAGUAGUAUGCUUUGUUAGUUCAAGAUGGUUGGCUAGCUUCAUCUUCAAGAACUUCCACUACCAUGACUAUAAUCAUGCUUUUCUCUGAAUUCUGUUGAAAAUAUGGCCUGGUUGCAUGAUUUUCCAUGUCUGGGCAGAACUAUGGCUCUCACAUGUGCUGCUGUAGAAUAAACUUGACAGCUGAAUAAACUUUAGCUCAGUGUAGAGUUUUCUUGAGAUUGGGGUUUGGGUUUGGGCAUCAAGUCCUUGUAAGGUAUUUUCUACAGACACUGAAUGUUACAUUUCUCGUCUUCCUUUAUUGUGUUCGAGGC